GCUAGCGCGGGCGGAGGGCGCGGGAGGCCAGCGCGGGCGGCGGGCGCAGGACUUGUGCUGGAGCGUUCUGGCCCUGCUCCCGCGUGGGGAGCUUGGCGGGCGCCGGGCUGGCCGGCAGGGGGUAGACCUGCAGAGUGUGGGGCGGCGUCCGGCGUUGUCGCUCCCCGGCUCCGUCAGACUGGUGUCGGGGCCCCCACCGCGAAACUGAAUCGGAGCGACUGGGUGAUGCCGCUGACAGUUUUUAAAGCCUUCUCAGGCGAAUCUGAUGCUCGGCCAAGGUUGAAGCCCAGCCCGCGUGGUUCCCUCAGCGUCCGGGGUAACCCCAGGAAGAAGAAAAGAGAUCUGAGUGAAGACACUGCAAGCAAAGAAGUGCGGGCUUACCAGGAACUGAAUUGACUGGUACCUUGAUCUUGGACUUCCCAGUCUCCAGAACUCACAGAAAUACAAAAUCUUAGAAGUGGAUGCAAUAUUAAAGUUCAUAAACCAAGUUUUCAGUCAACAUUCUUUACAGAGGAAGAUCAAAGAGGCCAGAAAAGUGUUCAAGGGCAAACAACUGGGUGGAUCUUGUCAGCUCUACACCCUCCUGUCCAAACUUCUCAGCCUGAAGGAUCAGGAAACUCUGCCCUACAACUUGUAAGAAUCCAGGAGUCCAAGCUUUACUGAACCUUGGAGGUGGGGAGGGUAUAAAUUUUUGAUAACCGUUGUUUAUAAGGUAGGUGGCUCUCCACAUUUGGAGACUGUCUCCGCUACCUGUGGACUUCACUCUUACAAACCCAGAGCACACUAGCAUACCUCUAGGCUAUUUUGGUUAAACCCCAACACUUAACGCUGUAAAAGUUUCCCUCCAUAUGCCCCUUUGGUCUUCCUGCAUCAGAGAUCUGGAGUCACAAGCGCAUCAAGAACCGUAGUUUGAUGAUUAAUUAGGCACAAAUGUGGCACUAGGGUCUCACAAUGCCCUGUGGGACAUCUGCUACGUUCUUUUCGAUUUUUGCCAUCAAGAUGCCAGUUGCUUCUUAGUGACUAUCAAAUGUCUUAUUAGUCCUCACUCUGGGCGCCACUGCCGGGUGGGGUGGGUGAGGAGAGCUUAGGGACCGUGCAGACCUGGGGAAACAGGAGCUGCCACCAGGGGGCGCUCGCCUGCGGAGAGAGUCUGACGGAGGCGGAGCCAGGGAAGAGGGGCGCCUCCGCAGAGAAGCACAGAACCACCUCUCCUCCCUCGCCCUUCACCCCUGCGCUUCCUUGCAGUAGGUGAGUUUGAGAAGGUUCCUGGGACCUUUGCUCUAGAGCGAAACGCCUUCCCCGCCAGCCCUUGAAAGAUGAGAACCCACACCCUCCACCUCCCGACCAUGCCGCGCGGCUUUGCCUCUCCCGGGGCUCGAGGCUGCGCUUGCCGCUGGGGAUUGGGCAAAUAGUUUCACCUCUAGAUGCUUAGUCAGACUUCUGUAUUUAAUGACGCCAAAGCAUCCAGCUCCUCUCAGACUCACGUGGCUCAGGGUCUGGGGAGCCGACCCUCAAAGCGUGGCCCCCAGCCCGGCAGCAUCAGUUUCAGCAUCACCCCGGACCUGGUUAGGAAUGCACAUUCUCAGGCCCCGCCCCAGACCUCCCAAAUCCAAGACCGGGGGAGGGGCGCCGUCUGUGCUUUGCUGCUCCUGCGGGUGACUGUGAGGCGCUCGACGGUGACAGCCCCUACCCUGGGGCUUCCUACGUCGCUCAGUGUCUCCGGCUACUGGACCUUCUGACACCCACUCCCUCGCCCCUGCUGCUAGGCCGCCUGGAGAGCGGACGCUGAGACAGACGCCUCUGGAAACUUGCAGGGCAGAGAAGAGGCGGCGGGAGCCGGACCAGAGCGGGACAGUCCAGGGCUGCGACUGGCAUCCAGUGCUGCGUUUGGGAUCUGGGCUGCGCGAGGUGCGCUCACUCUCCGCAGCUGGUACCGCAGCCGGGUGCGGGGAACAGAACUAGUCCGGGAAAAGCACGUGCCGCGUUUCAGUGAUUGCUAGGCGGGUGUGUACGAGUAGGCCAUACCUGUCUAUGAUUCUUUGAGAACAUUAUAAUGUCCCUUUGUGCCUCUUCUCACAAGGAGUUUUCCUAGCUGUUACCUAUUCAAGACAUGGAUAUCAAAAACUCACCAUCUAGCCUUAACUCUCCUGUCUCCUACAACUGCAGUCAAUCCAUCCUACCCCUGGAGCCAGGCCCCAUAUAUAUACCUUCCUCCUAUGUAGAGAGCCACCAUGAAUAUUCAGCCAUGACAUUCUAUAACCCUGCCGUGAUGAAUUACAGUAUUCCCAAUAACUCGGAAGGUGGGCCUGGUCGACCCACCACAAGCCCAAAUGUAUUGUGGCCAACUCCUGGGCACCUCUCUCCUUUAGCCAUCCAUUGCCAGUCGUCACUUCUGUAUGCAGAACCUCAAAAGAGUCCUUGGUGUGAAACGAGAUCAUUAGAACACACCUUACCUGGGAACAGAGAGACAUUGAAAAGGAAGGCUAGUGGAAGCAGUUGUGCCAGCCCUGUUACUAGUCCAAGUUCAAAGAGGGAUGCCCACUUCUGUGCGGUCUGCAGCGAUUAUGCAUCGGGAUAUCACUAUGGAGUCUGGUCGUGUGAAGGAUGUAAGGCCUUUUUUAAAAGAAGCAUUCAAGGACAUAAUGAUUAUAUUUGUCCAGCUACAAAUCAGUGUACAAUAGAUAAGAACCGGCGUAAAAGCUGCCAGGCCUGCCGACUUCGGAAGUGCUAUGAAGUCGGAAUGGUGAAGUGUGGCUCCCGGAGAGAAAGGUGUGGGUACCGCGUAGUUCGAAGGCAGAGAAAUUCUGAUGAGCAGCUGCACUGCCUGAGCAAAGCCAAGAAAAACGGUGGGCACGUGACCCGAGUGAAGGAGCUGCUGCUGAGUGCCCUGAGCCCAGAGCAGCUGGUGCUCACGCUCCUCGAGGCCGAGCCGCCCCACGUGCUCGUGAGCCGCCCCAGCACGCCCUUCACCGAGGCCUCCAUGAUGAUGUCCCUGACCAAGCUGGCUGACAAGGAGCUGGUACACAUGAUCGGCUGGGCCAAGAAAAUUCCGGGCUUCGUGGAGCUCAGCCUGUACGACCAAGUGCGGCUCUUGGAGAGCUGCUGGUUGGAGGUGCUCAUGGUGGGGCUGAUGUGGCGCUCCAUCGACCACCCCGGCAAGCUCAUCUUUGCUCCAGACCUCGUUCUGGACAGGCUUCUGCAGCGAGAAAACUUGAACCUACUGAGGAUGAGAGGAAAAUCCGGGUAUCUCAGCUUAUUUCUAACAAGGGACGAAGGGAAAUGUGUAGAAGGAAUUCUGGAAAUCUUUGACAUGCUCCUGGCAACGACUUCAAGGUUUCGCGAGUUAAAACUCCAACACAAAGAGUAUCUCUGUGUCAAGGCCAUGAUCCUCCUCAACUCCAGUGUGUACCCUACAGCUGCAGCACCCCAGGAGGCCGACAGCAGCAGGAAACUGGCUCAUCUACUGAACGCUGUGACGGAUGCUCUGGUCUGGGUAAUCGCCAAGAGCGGCAUCCCCUCCCAGCAGCAGUCCGUCCGCCUGGCUAACCUGCUGAUGCUCCUUUCUCACGUCAGGCACGCCAGUAACAAGGGCAUGGAACACCUGCUCAACAUGAAGUGCAAAAAUGUGGUCCCCGUCUACGACCUGCUGCUGGAGAUGCUGAAUGCCCACACACUUCGCGGCAGCAAGUCCUCGGUCACAGGGUCCGAGUGCAGCCUGGUGGAGGAGAGUGAGAGCAAAGAGGGCUCCCAGAACCCCCAGGCUCAGUGAUGCCAAGCCCUGAGGUGUGGUCAGGCUGCAGAGGAGGGCAGAGGCUGAAGCGUGAACUCCAGCACAAAUCGUGAGCCCCACCAGGAGGGGGCGGGCUUCAUCGGCUUUCUGCUGUGUGAUCCCUCAUAUGGCCCCUCAAGACCAUCCUUCCCCGACCUUCCUACUUCCCAGGAGUCAGGGUGAGAAAGCCAGUGCUCCUUGUCACCAGGGGGCAUGUUUGAGUGCAGAGUUUAUGUCUUGCUUGGCCUCAUGGGAUCUCAUUGUGGUCCCUCUCACUUCCCAUCUCCCUCCCACCCUUUGGAAAACAUCUUCUUACAGCUUUUGGAAUGACUGGUGGAAAUCUGACUUGGAAGCGUUGUCAAGUAGAAAGGGGAGAGAAUGUGGCACAUGUACAGGAAGGGGACUAAGCUUUAUUGUGCCACUUAACCUGCCCGCAGAAUUAGUCCUUUGUAUGCUGCCUUCUGGACCACUUGAUUGUAGGAUUGAAAACCACGACGGCAGUCAACUAACUGGUUCCACACACCUACCUCACAGGCCUGUGAGGACAGAUGUCACGUAUUGCUGUGACUCUAUCCAAGGCCAGAGGGAAUGUGACCUAGGGAACCAGUGGUCAAGCUGAGAUGUGAGCCAUGUUCAUCCCCCAAGACCUUGCUGCCACCUUCAUGCAGGUUUACCCCUCUUGGUUUGCAUUCAGAAAGCCUACAAAUUACUUGGUGUGUGUGUGUGUGUGUGUGUGUGUGUGUGUGUGUGUGUGUGUGAUCACCUUCAUGGAGAUGUGUGGAGAUUUAAAUACCCCUACCCCUGGAAUUGCCCUUUGUUAAAACUAUCUUGUCCCAAGGGGCCCAGUGUGUGUGCUAGAGAAAGGACCAGUGUUUGCAGGAAUGGGGUUUCUCCUGUGGGUGUGGGUCACAGCCACAGUGCUCCCCUGGGGCAGCCACAACUGCCACAUCAGCCACCCAGGGGAGACAGGGGCACUUCAGGUUGUGUGUGUGAGGCAUGCUGUUGCAUGGAAGGAUGAACAGCUACACACACGUCAGCGUGUCAGGUUCAGGGCCAAACCGUAUAGACGGGGUGAGCGUACCACUUGAACAAGAUUGUGAACUCUAUUUAAAAAAGAGAAAUAUUUAGGGUAAGUAUUUAUAGCAAGAAAAUUCUUUUAUACCCUAGGGCUCUUCUAGAAUAUUUUCUUAUCAGAACAUUUAUAUGGUGGG